AUGUCCGCAUUCAAUACCACAAUAUCGACGAUCAAGAGUCUUGACCCGUCUCAGUUCUCGAACGAUGUAGAGCGUUUCCAGGCGAAGGAAGCGUUGCGAAAGGCGCUUGUUCGCAUGGAAACACCAUUCGAACGUAUUUGGGCUUUGUCUUUCGAAAAUCCGCCACUCAUUGCUGGCCUUCGGAUAUGCGUGGAUCUAGGGGUUUGGAAGAAUUGGACUGCAGUUUACAAAGAGAAAGGUGAAGCCGAAUUGACGCUGGAACAAAUUGUAGCUUUGUGUGAGAAGAAGCCUGAAGCCAAUUUGCUGCCAUUGUACAUGCUCGAAGAGACUGGACCCAACACCUGGAAACCAACAACUUUCUCUCUCGCUCUCGGCGAUGAAGCAGGUCAUAUCAGCGCGGGUGUGGUAUGCGGCGACGACCACACCCUUCCGUGCGCACUCAACAUGCCCAAGUUCCUUGCCAAAUAUGAUUACAAAGACCCAGUCGAUCUGGCCAAGCUUGACAACUACACAGACAUGACCGGUGGUACCAGCUUCUUUGCAGCUUGUGCAGCUGAUCCAGAGGGCAAAGGGGGCAGCUUCAUAGGCUUAAUGACUGCGCUGCGAAACCACAAGAUGGACUGGACAGAAGUGUACGAUACAAAGAGGAUUAUGGAUGGCGCGGACGUGAGCGGGAAUACACCAAUGUUUGUCGAUAUUGGCGGCGCCCAUGGUCUCGACACUGAACGGCUCCUCACCAAGCAUCCAGAUCUACCCAAAGAUGUGCUCGUACUGCAAGAUACGCCUGAAGUCGUCGGCAUGGAGAUCGAAGGCCUUGAUCCACGCAUAAAACGCAUGCCGUACGACUUCUUCACGCCACAACCAGUCGUCGGAGCACGCGCAUACUUCUUCCACGCCGUACCGCAUGACUGGCCAGAUGCAGACUGCGUACGAAUGUUUGAACAGGUAAAGAAAGUGUUCAAGAAGGGUUAUUCGAAGCUGCUCAUCUAUGAGGUCGUAUUGCCGAAAGUUGGGGCGACGAACAUGCAGACUGCGCUGGACCUUGAGCUCAUGAACUGUACGAGUGGGCUGGAAAGGACGGAGGAUCAUUGGACGAGGUUGCUAAAGCAAGUCGGGUUCAAGAUUGUGGAGAUUUCACGGCAUCCGAGAGCGGUGGAGAGCGUAAUUGAGGCGGACCUGGAUUAG